GGAAUUUAGGCGUUAACUUACUUGUACAGUAAAAAAUGGCUUCCAUUACCAUAUCCGCCAGCUUCUUUUCUCGUCCUCAACCUCAAGCUCAAGCUCAAGCUCGACCCCGAACUCAAAAACCCUCUCCUAAAAGAAACCCUAACCCCAAAUUCAAACCCAAAAAACUUAAUAAUAAAUUCAAGUCUCUUUCUUUGUCUUCACCUCCGCCUUCUUCUUCUUCUUCUUUGGGUGCCCAAGCCACCACUUACACUCGCCUUCCUCCCAAGGAAGAUUUCAAUUUCGAGUUCGAAGUUCCCUCUUCGGACGAAUCUGAUGAAGUCAAGCUUUCUGAUUCCGAUGUCGCGAAAUUCGCCUUCCACAAUGAUUCCUCUGAAGCCGAAGCUGAAAUGUUAGACACCGAUGACGAUGAUAAUGAACAACAAGAAGAAGAAAAUGAAAGUUUGGGCUUUCAGGACGAAACCUUCGAUGGAAAAAUCGUAGAUUUUUACAAUGGUGAUGGAAGUUCGGAUUUUGAGGAAGAAGGGGAAGAGGAGGUUUAUUAUUACGAUUCCGAUGGCAAGCUCGUAAAUUUACCAGACGACGAGUUUGAUGAUUUGGGACUGGAAGUGAAGGAGAAAGGGGUACCGGCUGUUAUGCGAUGCUUCGACCGAGCCAAAAUUUACGUGAAAGCAGGGGAUGGCGGGAAUGGAGUGGUUGCAUUUCGGCGCGAAAAGUACGUGCCGUUAGGGGGACCGUCGGGAGGCGACGGAGGGAGAGGAGGGAACGUGUAUUUGGAAGUUGACGGAGCGAUGAAUUCGCUGUUACCGUUUCGGAAUUGUGUGCAUUACAGGGCGGGGAGAGGGGCGCACGGGCAAGGGAGGAUGAUGUGUGGGAGGAAAGGGGAGGAUGUGGUGGUGAAAGUGGCGCCGGGUACGGUGGUUAGAGAGGCCGGGAACGAUGAAGUGUUGCUGGAGCUGUUGUAUCCGGGGCAAAGAGCGUUGUUGUUGCCUGGUGGAAGAGGUGGCAGAGGGAAUGCGUCGUUUAAGUCCGGCAACAAUAAGGUGCCUAAGAUUGCUGAGAAUGGAGAAGAGGGUCCUGAAAUGUGGUUGGAAUUGGAGCUGAAAUUAGUUGCAGAUGUUGGUAUAGUGGGUGCUCCUAAUGCUGGAAAAAGCACUCUCCUAAGUGUGAUUAGUGCUGCUCAACCGGAAAUAGCAAAUUAUCCUUUUACAACUUUGCUUCCCAAUCUGGGUGUAGUUUCAUUUGACUAUGAUUCUACCAUGGUUGUUGCCGAUCUUCCAGGUUUACUCGAAGGAGCACACCGGGGUUUUGGCUUAGGUCAUGAGUUUCUACGGCAUACUGAAAGAUGUUCAGCACUGGUACAUGUCGUUGAUGGCUCUGGACAGCAACCAGAGUUUGAGUUUGAUGCAGUUCGCCUUGAGCUGGAAAUGUUUAGCCCAGAACUUGCUGAAAAGCCAUUUAUAGUUGCCUACAAUAAGAUGGACCUUCCAGAGGCAUAUGAGAAUUGGCCAUCUUUUAAGGAAAAGUUGGAAGGGCUUGGAAUCGAAACAUGUUGCAUGAGUGCUGUAAAAAGGGAGGGAACUCAUGAAGUUAUCAGUGCCGCCUACAAACUUCUUCAAGAAACUAAAGAACCCAAUGAGGGAUUCGAAGGUUUUGAAGAUCCAAAAGAUUUGAACCAUGUAGCUGAUAUGGUACAGAAGCAGCGUAGCUCCUCUAUUAGUGAGUUUGAGAUAACUCGUGAUGGUAGUUGCAGUACUUGGUACGUAAAUGGAGCUGGGUUGCAACGCUUUGUUCAAAUGACAAACUGGCGAUACAUCGACUCUGACAAGAGGUUUCAACAUGUCCUGGAGGCUUGUGGAGUGAAUAGGUCCCUCAUGAAGCUUGGAGUGAAAGAAGGCGACACAGUAAUUAUUGGAGAGAUGGAGAUGGUGUGGCACGAUUCUGCAGAGAAUUCUGGUACACCGAACAUGAAGAAGAGAUCAACAGAGUCAAUCAAAUGGCCCCAUUUGAAGUAACCGGCAUCUGCAACGUUUGUCAUCAAACUGCCACAUUAGGAGGUCAGGCAAAGCCAGUCAGUUUCAGUGUCCGUUCAUUGCUGGAUUUAGUUUUAGACCAACACUACUAACAGAUACGAUAUUCCAGCAGACCAUGAAGGUGCCGUUAAUUCACGAGAGAUGACAUUGAGCUCAAUGAAAUGUUGGAUUCCAGUGCACGAUUCUGUUAUUGCUUCGACAUGUUUGAUUGCUUCGGAUUCGGUGCAGAAGAAGAGGCAGUUUUGUCCAAUUCUUUGUAUGAGCUUAGAUAAUGUUAUUGCAGUAGCAAUCUAUAGUCUCCAAGCGACUUCAAGGUAAUGCCUUCAUUCUUAAGGGUAAUGACUCAUUGUGCUUAAAAAGUAUAUAAUUUAAUUAAAUUUGAAACCUAUAUGAGAAAUGGCUUCUUCUUUCUUUUC